UGAAUUACUUGUCCCCAACUUUUAACCAUGUCUGGUCGUGGGAAAGGAGGCAAAGGCCUGGGCAAAGGCGGCGCCAAGCGCCACCGCAAAGUCCUGCGCGACAACAUCCAGGGCAUCACCAAGCCCGCCAUCCGCCGCCUGGCCCGCCGUGGCGGCGUCAAGCGCAUCUCCGGGCUCAUCUACGAGGAGACCCGCGGCGUGCUCAAGGUGUUCCUGGAGAACGUGAUCCGCGACGCCGUCACCUACACGGAGCACGCCAAGCGCAAGACGGUCACGGCCAUGGACGUGGUCUACGCGCUCAAGCGCCAGGGCCGCACCCUCUACGGCUUCGGGGCCAAAGCCAUGGCCCGCACUAAGCAGACGGCGCGCAAGUCCACCGGCGGCAAGGCGCCGCGCAAGCAGCUGGCCACCAAGGCCGCUCGCAAGAGCGCCCCGGCCACCGGCGGCGUCAAGAAGCCUCACCGCUACCGGCCCGGCACCGUGGCGCUGCGCGAGAUCCGCCGCUACCAGAAGUCCACCGAGCUGCUGAUCCGCAAGCUGCCGUUCCAGCGCCUGGUGCGCGAGAUCGCGCAGGACUUCAAGACCGACCUGCGCUUCCAGAGCUCGGCCGUCAUGGCCCUGCAGGAGGCCUGCGAGGCCUACCUGGUGGGGCUGUUCGAGGACACCAACCUGUGCGCCAUCCACGCCAAGCGCGUCACCAUCAUGCCCAAGGACAUCCAGCUCGCGCGCCGCAUCCGUGGGGAGAGAGCGUGGCCAAAUACAUCUUACUGGAAGAUGCUGCAGUACUCGCAAAGAGUGGUGGGCUUCUUCGCCUUCUUUGGGGUCUUCUUGGCGGUCUUCUUGGGGGUGGCGGCGCUCGGCGCUUUCUUGGGCUUCUUGGCCGCGCCGGCUGGCUUCUUAGCCUUGGCGGCUCCCGCCUUUUUUGUUUUAGGCUUGGCUUCCCCGGAGGCCGCCUUCUUGUUGAGCUUGAAGGAGCCGGAGGCGCCGCCAGCGGCCGCCAGCGCCUUCUUGAGCGCGGCCAGGGACACGCCGCUGCGCUCCUUGGAGGCGGCCACGGCCUUGGUGAUGAGCUCGGACACCGGGGGCCCGGAGGCCUUGCGCUUCCCAGCAGCGGCACCAGCCUUUUUUGCCUUCUUCUUCACAGGUGUCUUCUCCGCAGUGCGGGAACUAGCUGUUGCAAACAUGUCUGGCCGCGGAAAAGGAGGCAAAGGCCUAGGCAAAGGCGGCGCCAAGCGCCAUCGUAAAGUCCUGCGGGACAACAUCCAGGGCAUCACCAAGCCCGCCAUCCGCCGCCUGGCCCGCCGUGGCGGCGUCAAGCGCAUCUCUGGGCUCAUCUACGAGGAGACCCGCGGCGUGCUCAAGGUGUUCCUGGAGAACGUGAUCCGCGACGCCGUCACCUACACGGAGCACGCCAAGCGCAAGACGGUCACGGCCAUGGACGUGGUCUACGCGCUCAAGCGCCAGGGCCGCACGCUCUACGGCUUCGGUGGUUAAUAUUUUAUUAUAUACUGGCUACCUGACCUCACAAAAGGCCCUUCUCAGGGCCACCCACAUUGUCAUGAAAGGCUGCCACUAAUCAGUCACACUUCUAGGACUUCUUGGAGCCUCUGCUUCUGGGAGAAAAGCCAACCUGGGGUAGUGAUGGCAGUGUUGGCUUCCAAGUGGUGAAGUGACACACCAGCAGCAGGCCCCUUCUGCAGCACCCUUUUGGAUUUUACUUCUGGAUGUAUUUUCAGGCAUGAAUCUGGCUUUCCCAAGAACACUACUUCCUUUAAAUAUCAAGAUAACCAGAGUCUGCCUACAACAAAGGAUAUAGAGCUUUUGGGGAAGAAAGAAGUUUUAACUGAUUUCUGGUAGAGGAU